AUGGAUCCCCAUACCGAUCGACAUCCAGACACUAAGAUGGUCGCUUCAGACCCGGAGAAGCCCAUUAGCGACGAGGAGCAGUUGGCAGCACUUGGUCAUGUGCAAGAACUCCGCCGACAAUAUCAUUGGGUGCAUUGUCUCAGUCCACCUUCCUACCGAUCAACUGCGGCCUGGUUCACUGGCUGGGUCUCCAUCGGUGGACAGCUCGUUCUUUCAGCUUCCGCCGCUUUCGCUGCUGGGCUCCAGCUGCAGGCGCUAAUUACCCUCAACAAUCUCGAUACAUAUGUUCCACUGCGAUGGCAGGGAAUGCUUUUCUACUGGGCGAUACUGGCGUAUUCUACAGCGGUUAAUGUAUGGGGAUCUAAAAUUCUACCACAUACCAAUCUCAUCGCAGGUAAGAAGCCGCCCGCUGUCAAGAAGCUCCCCGAGAUAGAUGUAUGA